AUGGCUCUUUCGGCGCGUCUCCCGUCGACCCCCCUCGCCUCUCGAGCCACGUCGCGCCACCAUAGCGCGGCCGAACUUCUGUCGGCCGCUGCUUCGCUCCGCGCGGCGCACCCCUUCCUCGCCUCCGCCGCUUCGCCGUGCGCACUCACCCUCACCGCGUCACCCGCGCCGUCAGCCGCGGCGGACUCCGACGUUGCGCCGUUCUGCCCGCUCUUCUCGUCGCGACGCACCGCCUCAUUCGUGCAGCGGGCAGGUUCACGAGCCGGGAGGCACGUGGCGCGCGCCAUGGCAGAGGCGGACGCCACAGCUGCCGCCGGGAACGGCGGAGCUGCCGGGCCGGCACCCGUGGCGAGCGACGGGCAGCGAGUGGCGCGCGUGGCGCGGAGGACCAAGGAGACGGACGUGGAGGUGACGAUCGCGAUCGACGGCGAGGGGCGCUGCUGCUCCGCCACGGGCAUCCCGUUCCUCGACCACAUGAUGGACCAGCUGGCGUCACACGGGCUGUUGGACGUGAGUGUGAGGGCGGAGGGCGAUGUGCACAUCGACGACCACCACACCAACGAGGACAUCGGCCUCGCCCUCGGCUCCGCAUUGGCGGUGGCGCUGGGGGACAGGAAGGGCAUUCGGCGCUUUGGGGACUUCUGUGCGCCGCUGGACGAGGCGCUCAUCCAUGUGGUGCUGGACCUGUCGGGGCGGCCGCACCUGUCCUUUGACGUCACCAUGCCCACACAGAGGGUUGGCACUUACGACACCCAGCUGGUGGAGCAUUUCUUCCAGUCGCUCGUCAACACCAGCGGCAUGACGCUGCACAUCCGCCAGCUAGCGGGCAGCAACACGCACCACAUAAUAGAGGCCACCUUCAAGGCCUUUGCCAGGGCGCUGCGACAGGCCACGGAGAUUGACCCCCGCCGCGCUCACACCGUGCCCAGUUCCAAGGGAGUCCUCUCACGCACCUGCCGCGCCUCCUUCAACGGCUUCGGCCGGCGAUCCUCGCGCGCGCGGGAUGACCGCAGUCACGCGCAAGCGCGCGCAGAUGGGGGCAUGUGGCAGGGGGAGGAGGGAGAGGAGAGGGGCAAGCGGGAUGCGGGCAGAUCAGCAUCGGGGGGAGCGGGUCCGGCGUGGAUGGGGAUGGGCGCGGGGGAAGGGGGCGCGCGGGCGGGCGUGGGUGACGCGCAGCGGCUGCUGAUUGGCGGCGCCGUGCUGGCGGCGGUGACGUGGCUCAAGUUCGCGACGGAGGGCCAUCUGGGGUGGCUGGGCGACGGCGCGCUCGAAGGCGUCGCGCAGCUCUGGUUCGUGUUCUAUCUGUUGGACGUGGCGCUCACCACGGCCACGUGGAUCGUCGGCAAGCUCACCUCCUCGCUCGCCGUCGCCAAUGUACCCCCCCUCGCCUCCCCUUCCCCCCUCGCCUCCCCUUCCCCCCUCGCCUCCCCUCCCCCCCUCGCCUCCCCUUCCCCCUCUCGCCUCCCCUUCCCCCCUCGCCUCCCCUUCCCCCCUCGCCUCCCCUUCCCCCUCUUGCCUCCCCUUCCCCCAAUCGCCUCCCCUUCCCCCAAUCGCCUCCCCUUCCCCCCUCGCCUCCCCUUCCCCUCCCUCUUCUCCUUCUCCUCCCGCUUCCCCUUCCCCCCCGUUUCCCCUUCCCCCCCGUUCCCCCUUCCCCGCCGUUUUCGCUUCCCCUCCCGCUUCCCGCUUCGUUCGUUGGGAGCUUCGUUGUCUUUCAAUGCCCGUGGUGCGACCACCAGUUCACUUUCGACAGAUGAAGAUGGUCAAUUUCAGCAAGCACACGGCAGCAGCCGUGGAUUUGCUGCACAAUCAGGGUCACAAUCUCAAGACAAGCAGGGAUGGAGGGCUACAGGGACUGACAGAGUGGUGGACGUGGAGGCCACAAUAGUUGACAAAGAUUAG